CUACGGGAUCCGCCUUGGCAGCUCCUCCCCGCUACCGGAGAGCCCGAGCUUUAUCUUCCGGGAUGAACUAAAACAUCGCACUGCAGUUUCGGCCUCUUCAGAUUCCUCAGCUACGAACCAUGACGUCCGAAGAUAAUGAGAACACGCCUCUCCUCAACGGCAACCGCGAUGGGGUCAAUGGAACGGCCAGUGGCAAGGAUAGGCCAACCCGAAAGCAAAAGCUGGCAAGCAUGUUGCGACGACUGUUUGCGCUGCAUGUCGAGAAGCGGAUCCUGUUUGCCGGCUUCUUCAUAACCCUCUCCUUCAGCUUUACACAGGUCCCUAUCUUUUACGUGUUCCACCUGAUGGUCUGCGACGUGUUCUACAGCAAUCACCCACCUUACCAGGGCACAGGCGAUCGAUGCAGCCGCAACGAAAUCGCCGCGGGCACGGCCACGCAGUAUUCCAUCCUGGGCAUGAGCACGACCUUUUGCGGGACCAUCAACCUGCUUGUUGCCGGCUGGAUGGCCAAGCGGUUCGGCCCGCGCACCGCCCUCAUGGUGCAGACCUUUGUCCCGGCCAUUCGGGUGGCGACCCAGAUCCUCGGCGUCAUGGCAGGCGGUCAGGCUGGCAUCAUCAUCUUCCAGUGCACCCAGCUUAUUACUGUCAUCGGGGGGCCGGUGGGAUACAUUCUGGUCGCCAACAUCAUUGCGGGUGAGCUGGUUGAGCCCUUGCGACGAACUGUUGUGUUUGGCAUGCUCCAGGGAUGCAUCAUGCUGGGUCAAGGCAUUGGGUACCUCAGCGGAGGGAUGAUCGGAGAUGGUUGGGGCAUCCGCCGGCCAUUUGAGGUUGCAUUUUGCUCAUUUCUCCUUGCGACUCUGUAUGUGCGCAUGGCGUUGCCAUUCAUUCCGGCCACAUCCUUAUCACGGGGCAACUCCAAAGGCUUCGCUGGAUUCCUCUCACCGCUGAGAGUACUUGCGCCCCAAAAAGUCCUCCUCGGCAGCGGCAUAGUGAUGAAGCACCAUGGGGUGUUGUUUCUUUGUGCAGGAGUGUUUCUGGGCGUGUUGGCGACGGGCUACGCGCCGUUGCUGAUCCAGAUGUAUGCCACAGCCGUGUUUGAGUUCAACCAGGGAGACAACGGCUGGCUCAUGUCGGAAUUCGCCUUCAUGCGUGCCGCCUUCUUGAUAUUCGUCUUCCCCUUCAUCAUUAGCAACGGCCGGAAAUGGUAUCUUACUCGCAACCAAGGCUGGAAUUCGGGGGAGGCCGAACCUGCAUCACCACCACGGUUGGCAACGGACCCAGAGGAACUCGAAGCCCCAAUCGGCAGCCUUGCCGAAGAGGAGCCCGUCGGCUCUUCAGCAGCCAAGGAAGAUGAGGGGACGGCGUUUGACCUUUUCUUCCUGCGGAUAAGCCUGGUCGUUGACGGUGCUCUGACCAUGUGCGCCGCCUUUGCCACGCAGAAGUGGCACAUCUACCUCGCUGCUGCUCUCCUUCCGUUUGCAUCGGGCUCGGCGCCAGCGGCAAAAGGCGUCAUGACCGAGAUGUGCUCCCAGUCAAGGAGGGCCGACGCUCUCAACGCCCUUACUCUUGUCGAGAACAUCGCGAGGCUCGCUACACAGGGGUUGUUUGGGUUUGUCUUUGCUGCUCUGGCUGAGAUAGGUCGGCCUCAUCUGACGUUUUUCAUCAAUGCGGCUAUUGCGUUCCUCGCGGCAUGUGUUCUGUUGCUCUCUCGCUUUCCCCCGGAAGGGAGCAAGCCCAUGACAGUCGAGGAAAGCUCGGAUCUUCAGUCUCGCGAUCCAGAAAGCACCGAGGCCCACGAGCAAACACGGGUUAGCCGAACUUGAAGUGGCCAAGAAUGCUUGUUAACCCAGCGGGCAACACUCUGUUGUUACUAAGAAAGACAGGCCCAGACCCUAGACUGGAAGGUAUGUCACCCUUUCUACUGAUAGCAUAAUACGGGAUCUUUGUCAAACCCCGUUCAUAACAUCCCUUUCGUGAUACCUAGAAUACGGGUCGACGCGAACCCAUCGAAACCAUUA